CUUUUUAUUUUUCCCGAUAAAAGAUAAAGGGUCAAGAGGAAAUUGCCUUUCCACUUGAUGCAAACAACCAAACGAUUUGGAAACUCUCGUAUUAACUGAGUUCUCAGUCUCGACUCUCGACCUGUAAGUUUGUUGCUGUACUUCAUCAAUGGUGUUCGCCUCUGCGAACUCGAACCACUGCUGCCUGAUUAGAGGAUCCUCUUGUUUAACAAAUUCCUCCGUCUCUUUGUCUUUCGGCAGCACUUCUUCUUGUGCCCGCAGAAUCCAAGGCCCUUUUUUGCUUUGUGAACCGCUCAGGCUGCAGCAAUCCUUUCUUAGAGCAGUCAUUAGUGAUACCAGUUCAGUACUGGAUGGUUGUACCAGGGACCGGCUAUCAGUCUCUGAUCCAUAUGAUCAUACAGACAUUCGUGAAAACUGUACAGAAUUAUCUGGUGAAAGUGCAGACAGAAAAGAUGCUCCAGAGUGCUUAGACGAUAGCAUAAUGAUCAGGGUUUGUGACAAGCUUAUUGAGGUUUUCAUCGUUGACAAACCCACUCCAACUGAUUGGAGAAGGUUAUUAGCUUUCAGCAAAGAAUGGAGCAAUAUUUGGCCCUGUUUCUACAGGCGUUGUCAGGAGCAAGCAGAUAAUGAAAGUGAUCUUGCCAUGAAGCACAAGCUACUUCGGCUUAAAAGAAAACUGAAAGAGGUCAAAGACAUAUCAUACCACUUGUGCAUGACUACUCGAGGCAAUUUUCAGAGGCUUAUGCUACAAGAGAUUAGGAUACUUAAGUAUCUUCUCACAAUUAAGGAUCCCGAGGAACAGCUAAGCAUCUUAAAAGAAGAAAAAUCUCAUUCUUACUCAUGCAGCGAUUCGAUAUUUUCUACCCAAUCAUGGAAUUCUCUCUACUCUUCCAAUUCUAGAGAAAACACAGAUGCUGAUUUAUUUGAUUCUCUGUUGAUUGAUCCUGCCGUGCUUGGUUAUUGGCUUCAGAUGUGCCAUACUGUGAAAGAAGUUAGAACAGUCCAUGCGAUUCUUUUGAAAUAUUUAAAGAGUCCUGUAACAUUCGUAGAUAAUAAUUUGAUAACAGCUUAUGCAAGAUUUGGGAAGUUAUUGGAGGCUCGUAAGGUGUUUAACAGAAUGCUGGAGAGAAAUGUUGUUUCAUGGACUGCUAUUCUUAGUGGAUAUUUGAGAACUGGGUUGGAUGAUGAAGUUCUAUUCUUAUUUAAUGAGUUGAUUAAAAAUGGAGUCAAAGCUAACGGUAAGACGUAUGUUUGUAUGUUAAAUUUAUGUCGCCGGAGAUUAGAUUUUGAGCUUGGUACACAAAUUCAUGCUUGCAUUUUAAAAGGGAAUUGGAACAACUUGAUUGUAGACAGUGCCAUUGUUUACUACUAUGCAAAAUGUGGUGAUUUGAUAGGUGCUUUUCGAGCAUUUGAUCGGAUGCUAGAACGAGAUGUAGUUUGUUGGACGGCUAUGAUCACUGCUUGUGCACAACAAGGACGUGCGGCGGAGGCCUUUCAUUUGUUCUCAAAGAUGCAAGAUGGUGGUCUUACUCCAAAUGAGUUUACGGUAUGUGGUGUUCUAAAGGCUUGUGGGGAGGAGAAGGCAUUAAAAUUUGGUAGACAACUGCAUGGAACUAUAGUAAAGAAGAUGUUUAAGGAUGAUGUUUAUAUAGGGACUUCAGUAGUGGUUAUGUAUGCAAAAUGUGGGGAAGUUCUAGAUUCCAGAAGAGUGUUUGAUAGAAUGAAAAAGAGAAACACAGUCACGUGGACUUCAAUGAUUUCCGGCUAUGCACUUAAUGGGUAUGGCAAGGAAGCCAUAAGCCUCUUCCGCUUAAUGAAACGACGACAUAUAAUUGCUAAUAACUUGACUGUUAUCAGCAUUCUCAGAGCAUGUGGCUCAAUUAGUUCCUUAACCACUGGAAAAGAAGUUCAUGCACAGGUCUUGAGGAAUUCCAUCCAUAGAAAUAUCUAUAUAGGGAGCACCCUUGUGUGGUUUUACUGCAGAUGUGGGGAGUACUUUUAUGCUUCAAAAGUUCUUCAAUCCAUGACUGUAAGAGAUGUUGUCUCAUGGACUGCAAUCAUCUCUGGAUGUACCCGUCUUGGGCAUGGCAUAGAGGCUCUGGAGUUCAUGAAAAAUAUGUUAUGGGAAGGUGUGGAGCCGAACCCUUUUACCUAUUCAUCAGCUUUGAAAGCAUGUGCAAGACUAGAAGAUAUUCUGCAUGGGAAAUGGAUUCAUUCCUCUGUGAACAAGACCCACGCUUUGUCCAAUGUUUUUGUGGGUAGUGCUCUAAUUGACAUGUAUUCGAAAUGCAGGUCUAUUUCAGAGGCUACCAAGGUUUUUAAUAACAUGCCUGAUCGGAAUUUGGUUUCCUGGAAUGCAAUGAUUCUUGGGUAUGCAAGGAAUGGUCUCAGUAUGGAAGCUUUAAAGCUUAUGUAUCGGAUGCAAGCAGAAGGCCUUUUGGUGGAUGAUUAUGUCAUAGCACUAGUUUUUAGUGCAUGUGGAGAUGUUGAUUGGAAUAAAGAAGCCCUAUCUGAAGAUAAUUGUAGUUCUAAGACCGUAAAUGAAAUCGAGAGCAGAUAACUGUGCUGGAGUUAUUCUGAUUAAGUGCGGAGCUAUGGAGAAGGCAAUUGACAUGGAAGAGCACUAAGCGACAGUGAAAAAUCUUGGAAGAUUACUAGUUGUGAAUAUUUAUCA